GCCGCCUCCCAGCUGCCGACGCUGGACCGACGUGGCCGCCGGAGCGCGGUGGCGAAGGGGUCGACUCGCGUGUGGAUCCGGGCGCGGCGGAGCCCGGGGGUGCGCGGCACCGGUGCUGCGGAGUCCCCCAGAGUUUAACUCAAGACUCGCAGCCUUGCUUGUCAACAAGAGCCUUCCAGAAGAGAGGAGCAGACUGGCUGCACUGUUUAAGCACCUGCACUUGCCCGUGAAGCCCCUGCUCAUGGUGUUAAUGGGGUGCUCUUCCAGGCGGACCAAACCCUUGGGCAAAGAUCCAUGGUCAUUUGUGCUCCUUCUCUUUUCUAUACAACAUGUAUAUGGGAGUGGAAAGAAGUAUAUCAGUCCGUGUGGAGGAAGAGAUUGCUCUGUUUGUCAGUGCUUUCCUGAAAAGGGGUCCCGGGGUCAACCAGGACCGCUAGGACCGCAGGGUCCCAUAGGCCCUCUAGGCCCCCCAGGACCCAUUGGGAUUCCCGGAGAGAAAGGACUGAGAGGUGAUCGUGGCCCUCCCGGGGCAGCAGGGGAGAAGGGAGACAAGGGUCCAACUGGUGUACCUGGAUUUCCAGGUUUGGAUGGUAUUCCUGGUUACCCAGGGCCUCCCGGGUCCAGAGGCAAACCUGGAGUGAAUGGAUACAAUGGCUCAAGAGGAGAUCCAGGGUUUCCAGGGGAAAGAGGGCCUUCUGGCCCACGAGGCCUCCCGGGCCUGCCUGGAGAAAAAGGAGAAAAAGGAAAUUCAGUGUUCAUUUCAGGUGGCAUUAAAGGUAUUCGAGGAGACAGAGGGGACCCAGGAGCACCCGGCUUACCAGGAGCCAGAGGUGCACAAGGACCCGAAGGCCCAAUGGGAGAACCCGGAGCACCAGGGUUAACAGGACCUCAAGGCCACCCUGGGAGUCCAGGUUUGAAGGGCAAUCCUGGUGUGGGAGUAAAAGGACAAAGGGGAGACCCGGGUGAAGUUGGCCAGCAAGGUUUUCCUGGACCCACCCUGUUGGUAGAGCCACCUGAUUUUUGCCUCUAUAAAGGAGACAAGGGUAUAAAAGGAAUUCCUGGAAUGAUUGGAUCUCCAGGCCCACCAGGACUCAAGGGAGCAGCUGGUAUUGGGGUAAAAGGAGAGAAAGGUAUUCCUGGUUUCCCAGGACCUCGGGGUUACCCUGGUUCCUUUGGAUCUCCAGGUUUUCCAGGAUUAAAGGGAGAACAAGGGCUGGUUGGAGAUCCUGGGCUAUUUGGAUUUCUUGGUCCAAAGGGGGAUCCUGGAGACCGCGGGUACCCGGGACCACCAGGUGUUUUGGUAACUCCAUCUCCUCCACUCAAAGGUCCUCCAGGGGAUCCGGGAUUCCCUGGCCGCCAUGGAGAAAUGGGAGAUAUUGGACCACCUGGUCCCCCAGGUCCUUCGGGCCGACCAGGGGAAGCUUGCCCAGGCAUGGUGGGGCCUCCUGGACCAGCAGGGCCUCCUGGUCCUCCGGGAUUUCCGGGGGCAGUGGGUACCCCUGGGAGACCUGACUUUGCCCCAGGAAGACCAGGGCAGCCAGGACCCCCUGGUUUACCCGGAGCACCAGGGCUGCAGGGACCCCCAGGACCGGACGUGAUAUGCUGUAGUGUUGGGCUCCCUGGACCACAAGGAAUAAAGGGCAAAGUGGGCCCCCCAGGAGUAAGAGGCUCAAAAGGAGAAAAAGGAAAAGAAGGUGUCUGUGCCUGCGCACCUGGUCCCAUGGGUCCCCCUGGCCCUCCAGGGCUACCUGGGAGGCCGGGUGAUAAGGGAAAUGCAGGGCUCCCAGGCUGGGUUGGAGAAAAAGGUGACCCAGGUCCUCCUGGUGCUGAAGGAUCCCCAGGGCAACCGGGACAAUCUGGCCUUCCAGGACCUCCUGGCAACAAAGGAGCCAAAGGUGACAUGGUUGUAUCAAGAGUUAAAGGGUACAAAGGAGAAAGAGGACCUGAUGGACCCCCUGGGUUAUCAGGGCAGCCUGGAGAAAACGGUCAGGAUGGACGUGCUGGAGAAAAAGGGGAACCAGGACCCCCAGGGGAUCAUGAAGACGCAGCCCCAGGUGAGAAGGGGUUUCCUGGCCCACCAGGUCCCCCUGGGAAAGCAGGACCAGUGGGGCCUCCGGGACUGGGAUUUCCUGGUCCACCAGGAAAGAGAGGUCAACCAGGCAUCCCAGGCCGCCCAGGCAUGAGGGGCCCUGAUGGCUUGAAGGGAUCAAAAGGUGACACCAUUUCUUGUAACGUAACCUACCCUGGGAGGCCAGGCCCUCCGGGCUUCGAUGGACCUCCAGGUCCGAAGGGAUUCCCAGGUCCCCGGGGUGCUCCUGGGCUGAGGUGUUUGGAUGGACCAAAAGGCCAACCAGGCCAACCAGGAAUACCAGGAAUACCAGGCCCACCUGGUUUUCGUGGUGAUAUGGGAGAUCCAGGUUUCAGAGGUGAAGAUGGGUCCUCCCCUCUAGGACCCCCAGGACCCCCUGGGUCACGUGGAGUAAGUGGUCAGAAAGGAAUUCCAGGAGACCCUGCAUUUGGUUACCCAGGACCUCCUGGAAAUCGGGGUCCUCCAGGAGUACCAGGGAUAAAAGGACCCAGAGGUGAUCCUGGAUGCCCUGGGCCUGAAGGGGCAGCUGGCAUUCCUGGACUGUCAGGCCUUCAAGGUCCCAAAGGCAGAGAGGGAAGUGCUGGAUUUCCAGGUAUCCCAGGAUCACCCGGCUAUUCCUGUAGAAGAGGCGCUCCAGGGAUCCCAGGCCAACCUGGAGCCCCUGGAGCUCCAGGUAGUCCAGGUGGCCCAGGUAGGAAAGGACAGCAGGGAGAUGUGGGGUCUCCUGGACCAGCUGGAAUGAAGGGCCUCCCUGGACCCCCAGGGCUGCCGGGGGUAGAUGGACUCCCAGGAUCUUCAGGAAUCCCAGGGCCCUUUGGAGUAGAUGGGCUACCUGGUCAUCCAGGUCCAAAGGGACCUCAGGGGCCACUUGGUCUCCCAGGAUUUCCUGGAGAGAGAGGAAAGCCUGGCCCAGAGGGCCGACUCGGCAGAAAGGGAGAAAUCGGAGAGAAGGGCUGGCCUGGCUUUCAGGGCCACCCAGGAGCACGAGGUGCCAAAGGAGACAGGGGACCUUCUGGAGAUGAGGGAGAAAUGGCUAUCAUUUCCGAGAGAGGGGAAAACGGAGAAACUGGGCCUCCUGGAGACAGUGGGUUCAUAGGAGAGAGAGGUGACAGAGGAGCUCCUGGCCCACCAGGGAGAAGAGGAGAGCCGGGGAGAUAUGGGCCACCUGGAUUUCAGAGAGGGGAGCCUGGCAGAAAUGGGCAGCGUGGGCUUCCUGGACCCCCUGGCCCUCCAGGUUCACCUGGGCUAAGAGGGAUCAUUGGUUUCCCAGGAUUUCCAGGUGACCAGGGUGAGCCGGGUUCUCCAGGGCCGCCUGGAGUUUCAGGAACUGAUGGAACAAAAGGACCUAAAGGAAUCAAAGGUGAUGCUGCUAGUGAGUUUGGUCCACCUGGUCCGAAGGGUGAGCCUGGUAGCCCUGGAUGUCCAGGUCAUUUUGGAGUCCCUGGAGAACAGGGCUUGCCUGGAGCUCAAGGGCUGCAAGGACCCCCCGGAUGGCCAGGACUGCCUGGCUACAUUGGGCCACCAGGGUGUCCAGGUGAUCAGGGGAUGCCUGGGCCGAGGGGCCAUCCAGGAGAAACCGGGGAUCCGGGGCCUAGCGGUCUGCCUGGGGACCGAGGGCUGCCAGGCGCUCCAGGAAUGAAAGGUCCUGCUGGGUCACCUGGCCUGGAUGGCUUGCAUGGUUUGAAGGGUGAGAAAGGAGCCAAAGGGGCCUCAGGUUUGCAUGAAAUGGGCCCACCAGGUCCUAUGGGACUACCUGGUCUAAAAGGAGAGAUGGGAGACCCUGGGAGUCCAGGAAUUUCUCUUCCAGGCCCUUUUGGAGAGAGAGGCUUCCCAGGCCCCCCAGGUAGACCAGGCCCUCCAGGUCCUGCAGGUGCCCCAGGAAGAGUGCCUAAGGGUGACAUUCCUGACCCUGGUCCACCUGGAGAUCAGGGACAUCCUGGACCUGAUGGCCCACAAGGAGCACCUGGGCCUCCAGGAACCCGUGGGAGUGUUACCCUUCUGAAAGGAGAGCCAGGUGACUGUGGUCUGCCAGGGCCACCAGGCCCCCCUGGCCCUCCAGGCCCUCCUGGAUGCCAGGGUGUUCCAGGAUGUGAUGGGAAAGAUGGCCAAAAAGGACCAAUGGGAUUUCCAGGACCUCAAGGGCCACCUGGCCUUCCUGGGGCACCUGGAGAAAAGGGUUUACCUGGAUCUCCAGGCAGGAAAGGGCCCACUGGUCCCCCAGGUCCCAGAGGUGAACCUGGGCCACCUGCAGAUGUGGACGCCUGCCCUCGUAUCCCAGGGCUUCCUGGGGCACCAGGCCCACGAGGACCAGAAGGAGCCAUGGGGCCCCCGGGAGAGCAAGGCCCCCCAGGACCAGGGUGCAAAGGAGAGCCUGGGCUGGAUGGCAGGAGGGGCGAGGAUGGCAUCCCCGGGUCACCCGGGCCUCCUGGACACAAAGGUGACAGUGGAGAGUCCGGCUGCCCCGGAGCACCAGGUCCUCCUGGUCCAACUGGUGACCCUGGCCCCAAAGGACACGGGCUUGGCUACCUCAGUGGCUUCCUCCUGGUGGUCCACAGCCAGACAGAUGAGGAGCCUGCCUGCCCCACGGGGAUGCCCCGGCUCUGGAGUGGGUACAGCCUGCUCUACCUGGAAGGGCAGGAGAAAGCGCACAACCAAGACCUUGGUCUGGCGGGGUCUUGCCUUCCUGUGUUCAGCACUCUGCCCUUUGCCUACUGCAACAUCCACCAAGUGUGCCACUAUGCCCGGAGGAAUGACAAAUCCUACUGGCUGGCCAGCGCUGCCCCGCUGCCCGCGAUGCCGCUGUCCGAGGAGGAGAUCCGGCCCUAUGUCAGCCGCUGCGCCGUGUGUGAGGCCCCUGCGCAGGCGGUGGCGGUGCACAGCCAGGACCGGUCCAUCCCUCCGUGUCCCGCGGCCUGGAGGGGCCUCUGGAUCGGGUACUCGUUCCUGAUGCACACAGGCGCUGGGGCCCAAGGAGGAGGGCAGGCCCUGACGUCACCUGGUAGCUGCCUCCAGGACUUCCGAGCAGCACCCUUCCUGGAAUGCCAAGGCCGACAGGGAACCUGUCACUUUUUUGCAAAUGAGUACAGCUUCUGGCUGACCACGGUGAAAUCAGACACACAGUUUUCCUCUGGGCCAUCACCAGACAUCUUAAAAGAUGGCCACGCCCAGCGCCAGAAAAUCAGCAGGUGCCAGGUCUGCGUGAAGCACAGCUAGGAAAGGCCACAUUCGACAUGACAUUCGCUGCCUCCCGUGAAGCAAAACUUCCCAGGGAGCCAAGACUGCUGGCUGUGCUGACAAACUCACCGGUGCUCUUCCAGACCAUCCUCCCAGCCCGCCGUUUGGUGCUCAGUGUUUAUUCCCAUUGGUCCCCACUUCCUCCCUCUGUCCUCUGCAGAUUGAGCAAAUGCUACGUGUGGGUUUGUUAGACCCCCGAUCUCAGUGAAAUCCACAUACCCUUACUUUAUUGAGGAUGAUGGAAAAAAUAGGCUUUAUUUGAAAACAUGCUAAUUCUCAGGAAAGCAAGGAGAUGAAAAAGGCCAGAUUACAAAUUACAUUACAGAAAGCUUCAUUCAUUGGCUAAUAGCAUCUCAAACAAUUGAAGUCAAUUACCAUACAGUGGGGUUCUGGACAGAUUUUAUAGGAAAAAAGUAAAUAGGCCAACAAAUGAAACUAGAAAGUAGAGAUUUUCAACAUUUCAAAAUGAUUUUCACUGUAAUCUAUUUUUUUCAUGCACUUUAAACAAUUGUAAAACUGUGACCCAAAGAGAUUAAAAAAAAAAAAUGCACAGUGCCAGCAUUAACAGCUCAUUUCAAAGCACAAUGAAUCAGGAUGCCAAGAAAGCCCAUUGUCGCUGUAUUCUGGAGCUGUGACAUUAGCAUAAGCACAUCACAGAUGAAUAUAAAACAUCCUGUUCUCUUCUGCAUUUUUUCAGAGAAUAGAAAUGCCCACUUUGGCAGCCCUUUUGAAAAGUAGCAAUUAUGGAAGAAAAUAUAUUCAAUAAGAGAUUAGGACCCUAAAUGCUAUUAAUGAAUAUUAAGGUAGUGAUUCACAGAAAUUGACUCUCUAUGGCAGUGAAUUUCUACACAGAUCGCUUUUUCUGGGACCUGCAUGUCCUUGGGAGUAAGGAGGCUGAAGCCAUGUGGGCCCCCUUCACAUGUCCCUGGAGCUUCCUUGCACCCUAUAGUGGACGCCUUUCCCCCACAUGCACAACUGUUGAGCACAGAGGGGCGUGAGAGCUACUGUUAUGCACUAGAGAGAAAGUUACGGCUGCUUAAUUAAACAGAUAAGAAGAUUCAUUUCAGUCGGGUCAUCUCCCCCACCACAAGGAAGCCCUGGGCUAUCUUUUUUUUUCCUGUUUGUUUCUUGGUACCAGGAAUUGAACUCACAACUUCACACUUGCCAGGCAGGUGCUUACCCCACUGAGCUAAACCCCCAGCCCUCCUUGGGCCAUCUUUAAAAGCAUACAGGAGUUUUAUGUUCUUCUGAUGAGUUUACAUAGGAGCACCUCAUUUUGGCAAUUUAAAUAAACUUUCUUACACCUUACCUUAGCACUGAACCAAGGCCGCUGCUACUGACAUUGGCAUUAGUUGUUCCUAUAAAACUCUAGAAGGUGUGUCAAUCUCUAAUGAGUACAUUGUUCGAAUCACAAAAGACCAGUUUUUUAUUUUGCCAAGAAUCCAGUGAUCUAAUCUUAUAUAUCAAAAGGUUGGUUAGAAUGGUUUUAGGACAUUCAACCUCCUCCUCUUACAGAAAAUAUCAUUUUAGAGGAAACCAAAGAAAUUACUCAUGAAAAUGACAUUCAUUUUAGUACUUAGUUUUAGUGCACUUAAAAAUAAUUGAGAGAAACUCAAUUAUAAUUUUAUUUAUAAGAAUUGUUUUUCUUGUUCAACUUUGAUAACUAAUGAGAUCUUCUGUGCAGCAUACAUUUCAAAUGAGUUUUGCUAUGAGCUGCUCAUGGUCAUUUAUUUUAAGAGUAUUUUCUCAUUUAAAAAGUUUGUGUAAGACGAAAUAUUUUCUUGAUGCAGCAGAAUAUUUUCUAAUGCACUGACCUAUUUGAGUUUUUUAGGCCAACCUGUUCAAUGAUUUUUGAGUGCCUGGAAUUUAACCCAGUUUCUACCAUAUUUGUAAUUAUUCUUAUGUUUCUAAAACCUUUGUCUAGUACCAAAACUCAAGGCUUCUAACUGUCUAUCAUGAACAAAUAUGAGAACAUUGUCUGGAAGAGGUAGGGAUGAUCAGUGGAAUAUCAGAAAUGUAUCUUCCUCGCUAGUUUAUUUUGGGCCCGUGGUAUUAGAAUAUUAUCUUAAUAUGCUUUAUCAGGAAGGUUUUUUUUUUUUUUAAAUCUUUUUAUUGGUACUGGGGAUCGAACUUGUGACCGCCUGCUUACAAGGCAGGUGCUUAUGCCACUGAGCUAAAUCCCCAGCCCCAGGAAGUUUUUUUUUUGUUUUUUGUUUUUUUUUUAAAUAGCCUGAAUUAAGUGGAAAUUUACUCUGUGGUGAAUCCAGAAAUACUGGUAGCAUAGGAGUCCUCUCUAAAUAUGGUUUGAAUGCUGCUUUUCCGCUUUGAAAAAGUAUUUUAAAUGGUCAAAGUGGGCCCAUGAUAGGGAAAAGAACUUCCUGUUAUAGAUUCUUUACUUGGAUAUGUAGCAAUGUGCUUUAAAAUACAUUUGCUCUGUUAAAACCAUGAACAAGGCUUUGCAGGUGUUUUCCUAAUCCAUUACCAGUGAUGACCUCUGUCAAAUUUCCCAAGGACUCUCCCUCCUCUUGGGUUGAAUGCACCUAGAUUGCCAAACUGGGGUUUCCGAGGCCCAUGCUACAGGACCGGCAUGUUCCUGACUGUUAUUUGUGGUGUGUGGAACACCACCCAUCUAAGGGGCCCCCAUGCUGUGCUCUUGUGCCCCCCAGACUGUACCUAGAGUCGCUGCUGCUCGUGGUCCACUGCUUCCUCUCAGCCUUCUUGCAUCAGUGGAGCUGACAUCGCCUGUCCACCCAGCCUCUUGUAUACUACCGGCACCUCCGGAUUAGCUCCUUCAGUUUCCAAUUCCAGCUGUCAUGCAAGUUUCAUUCAAACUUGAGUUUCUCACCUUCCAGACAGUCUUUCAAUGGCUGUACUGCCCACAAAGUCCAGACCUCCUAUGCGGCAAGGGCAGUGUGAACUGGCCAGGGCUCAUGUCUGCGACCAUCGCUGGCCACGAUGAACUGAGUGGAGUUCUGCAAAUGCUUGCAGUGUCCCUCGGCCUUUGCUCUUUUCCCCAGGGACGUCCUCCCUCAGGUCCCUUGACUUGGCAGACAGGUACUUCCCUUUACACUGAUUGACAUGCAAGCAUGUGAAUCCCCUCGAGGACACACACCCCUUUCUGCUGCUUCCAGUACAGUUAAUGGGACUGUUUCUCUCAUUCCCAUUAUUUCUCUAAAGUCUCAGCACACUUCUUUCAUUCCCUGGCCAAAGUGAAAGUCCCUCAAGGGCAGGGACCAUGGUUUACUCGUCCCUGUGUGCCCACUACUAGACAGAGCUGGACACAAUAUUAACACUUAGUUCUUUUAUUCAGUGACAAUUCCGUAGGCGUUAGACAUUAAACUCAAUAGAAGGAAGGUCUCAUGGGAAAAUGAUGACCAGAAAACACCAUUCCUUCCUUCAGAACAUCAGGAUGUCCAACAGGACCUGCACACCCAGGCUCCUGUUACAAAGCCACUGGACAAGCUCAUCUCCCCCACCUCCAAGACAAAUUAUGUUUCUAGAAACUGAAAUUUCAGAAAUGAGAUUUGAGAGGUUUGACUAAGAAGACUCCUCAUUAAAAUGCAACUUGACAACUCACAUUGUCAUCUACUUUGUCUCAGGAUUUAAGAGCUUCUUAGUAUAAAACUGCGACAAAGGCUGUACACAUGUUACUGGUGCUUUGAAAAACACUCAACAGAAUGGUCCAUGAAACUGGAUCUCAUUGAAGAUUUUAUUUUGAGCCUCUUUUGGAUUACUAUAAAGCAAAUCUUUUUCUGUUCCAGUAAGUAUAUUCGUGUUACAUCAGCUCACUGGGAUAAUUUCAGAAAUGUAACCUCUAUUUGGUAUGGCUGCAAAAUGAUAGAAAAUGAACAUACUGGUUAGUUGAAUCCAGGUUUACUGGUUCAGCCACUUUUCAGCUGUUACCUUGAAUGAGUUCUGCCAACUUGCUGAAUUUACUUCCCUCAUUUAUAAGAUAAAAUACUACUCUUGUGUUGAUAAUUAAGUUAGACUCACUGUCUAGCACAUAAUAGUCACCAUGCAUUGAUUAUGGUCAUAUCUUCUAUGUAAAAUAAAUGAUUUAAUAUGAAAAAUACUGCUUGGGCUCUGUACACAGAAUUAGAUUAUAUAUAUAUAUAUCUGAUUAGAAUUAUUUAUAACUGCUUAGUUUGUAACAUCUUUGGGAAUGCUGUUUUAUUUUAUUUUUGAAUGUUACUGUACCACAAAAAACCCCCACAAUUUCCUGCAGGGACAUUAUCAGUAAGUUCUUUAAGUAACAAACAACUGACAUUAAAAAUCAGUACUCUGCAAUUGUCACUGUUAUCAUCUUCCAGAAACUCUGCAUAAUGCAUUUUAAACCACCAAAGCUGGCUGUCACAUCCAUGUGAAAUGCUUGAAUUUAUGGUGCUUAAAUAUUUAAUGAUUCCUUCAUGGGAAAGCAUGUGAAACAUGUCCAAUAAAUAGCAUCCCUUUUUCUAACCAAAAGUUAAAAGACUUUGAACAUGUAACUUUUGCAGGAUGCUUGGUUUCCCAUUGAACGUUAAACCUUUGCUGUAUUAUGAUUUAUAGUAUGAUUCAUUAUAUAUAAAAUUCUACAAUGACUUCCCCCAAACAA